AUGGCGCAAUCACAGGAGCAACAAAUCAUCAAUCAGCUCCAAUCCAAUUGGAUCUGGCUUUCCGACUGGGUCGACUCCUCCAAACAAAACACAGCCGCACGUAUCGUCACAUUCAGUCGCAAGUUCACUCUCCCAUCUCGACCAACUCGAGCGCUCCUCCAUUUUUCAGCCGACACGCGAUACAAGCUCAUCAUAAACGGUAUCCGAGUGGCUGUUGGCCCAGCGCGAGGUAGCCCGUUGAUAUGGUAUUACGACUCGCUCGACCUCGCUCCGCACCUCAAACAAGGCGAUAAUGAGAUAUGCUUCGUGGUGAUCCGCUACCUUGCGGCUUCUCGCGGUGGAAUGCCUUUUGAGAGAACUUCAUUCCCAGGGCUGACUGUUGUUGGUGGUGUUGAGUCGGAUGGGGAGUUUGUUAGUCUUGAUUCUCGGGAAGGCUGGUUAGCUGAAGAGGAUAACUCGAUCCUGUUUCCAAUGGGUAGACCAGACGAUGUCUUCCUUCAUAUUAAUGAACACAUCGUGCCCAGUUCUGCCAAAGAGAAAGUCACACCAGUACCAUACAACAUCAAGACACUUAACGGAGAGCUUCCACCAUGGCGUCUACGAUCUCGCAUGAUCCCCACUCCAGAGCAAACCUCUGUUAGUGUCAAUACCGUCAGAAAGAAUGUCGGAAGGCUGAACUCUGAUGACUGGGUCGCGUAUCUCUCGGGUCAGCGUCCUCUUACCCUUCCAGCCGGGUCUUCACAUACGCUCGAGGUCCAGGCGGACGUGCAUUCAACGGCAUUUCUGCGCUGGACGUUCAAGGCCACUCAAAAGAGCCAGGUCCGAAUCAAGGUUAUUUACAGCGAGGGCUACGAAAAUGAACCACGCUCUUAUCCGUUCUUCAGAUCAAAGUCUGACAGGCUGGAUGCGACCAAUGGCCAUAUCAUAGGUCCCUACGAUGACAUAACGCUGGACUUACCAGCGUCGCAGACCGUCGUUUACGAACCAUUUUGGUUUAGAACAUUUCGCGUUAUGCGAUGGGAAAUCACAGCUGGAGCUGAACCCGUUGAAUUGUCCUCUUUUGAUGCCACGCAAGUUAACUACCCCCUUGCAGUCAAGGCAAGCUGGGACGACCUAGGAGACAAGGACGCUAAGCAAAUAUGGGAUGUGUCCAUCAGAACUAUGAGAAAUUGCAUGUUUGAUGGUUACUCAGACUGCCCCUUCUAUGAACAACUCCAGUACUCUGGCGAUUCCCGCUCCGUCAGCCUAUUUCACUAUCUUCUUUCAGGUGAUGACAGACUGAUGAGGCAAACAAUCACCAACUUUGCUGCAUCAGUGACCCCCGAGGGCUUAACGCAGUCUCGCUUCCCCUCCCACGUACCGCAGAUCAUCGCUGGUUUCUCCCUGUACUGGGUCCUCCAGAUCUGCGACCACCACCUCUACUUCGGUGACACGCCAUAUACACGAUCAUUCCUUCCUCGAAUCGAUGGCGUUUUUGAGUUUUUCGAGUCUCAUAUCGACGCCUUGGGCCUUGUUAGCGGGCUUCCAGAGGAUGUCUGGCAGUAUGUCGACUGGGUUACUACGUGGGGCGCAACCAAUACGCAUCCAGACAAGGGAGUUCCAACGUCCGGGCGGGAAUCAAAUCGGCAUACUUACUUCAGUAUGCUUUACGCGUAUGUCCUGAAGCAGGCUGCUCGUCUGGUCCGAGAUGUCGGCCGACCCGGAUACGCGGACGAGUACGAAACUCGCGCUGCGUCUGUAGUCCAGGCAAUCCGCACUCAUUGCUUCGAUGGGAAGUUCUUCGCGGAUUCGACGGCUGAUAUCGCGGGGCAGGGGGCUUACUCCCAGCAUUGCCAAGUAUUCGCCGUUCUCAGUGGCGCCGCACCCCCCGAGGAAGGGCCACGUCUGCUAAAGGAGUCAUUCUCCAAUCCAGCCUUUUCCAAAUGUUCCUACGUCAUGGUGUUCUAUGCUCUCAGGGCGUUUGCUCUCGCUGGCGACGAAGUCUACGAGUCAGCAUGGGAACAGGUCUGGGACCCUUGGCGAAAGAUGUUGGCGAAUAACCUCACAACCUGGGAAGAGGAUGACGUUAGGCAGCGCUCAGACUGUCAUGCUUGGGGUAGUGUUCCUAUCUACGAGUACUGUACUGAGCUGGCUGGUCUGCAUGUCAUAGCGGCAGGGUCAAGCAAAAUCUUGUUUUCGCCGAGACUUGACUUGAGUCGAGAGCUGAAGGCCAAGGUAGCCCUUGGCUCAAGCAACACUGCCGCUGUAUCGUGGAGUAUUCAGGACGAUGGAAAGAAGAAGGUCGAGUUGCGACUUGAAUCACCUGUUUGGGUUCUAAGCAAGUUGCCUGGAGGUGAAGAAAAGGACUGUGGUGUGAUUGACCACCUUACAUUUAGUUUCUAG